GGUCUUUCGCUUGCUAGAUCCGAAACCGCUCUUUGUCCUCUUGCCGAUGUUUCCUCCGUGAAUUAGCUGGCAAUGAUCUCUCGAUACGUUGCCUGGAUUUUUGCACUGGUACGGAUCAGCCAGUGCCUUCUCAUGUUUGAUCGAGCAGAGUCAGAAAACGCAUGCCUUCUCGCGAUGUGUGAUGCCGAUUCUGGUUGUGUGCCAAAGGGAUGCUCUAUAGACCAAUUUGAUAGAAUUGGAUGUGGAUAUUUCCGGCUAAAUAUUUACCAAUUCAAGCAGUGCUACCAGCCAGGAAAGAAAGAAGAUGAAGACGAAGAACUUGCUUGGAUCAACUGCGCCGAAGACUAUCAUUGCUCUGCUGAAUGCAUUCGGGUGUUAGGUAGUCGUUUUCGAGUGAAGUGCUACGGUAAAUCAGACUGCGAAACUCUGGCGCGAAUUCAUGAUGGAGGAGCGAAUGGAUGUCGUGACAGAAAACCGAAUACUGAAAUAAUUUCAGGAAUACUGCAUAUUACUGGAAAAGAGUUCGAGAUAUUUGCGGUGGUAAAUGUAACAAACCCAUAUUUGUACGACACUGACCCUGCAGCUAUGCUAUAUUUGUACAAAGUCUCUUCAAAGGAUCACGUCUCCAAAGAUGCAACAAAACUGUCAGAAAUCAGUGAAGUUUCAAUGAUUCGAAAUAUUUGUGCUGCAAAAAUGAAAUGA